GGUGACGUCAUCGACCGCAUCGAGCAGCAGGUGCUGCACUCGGGGGCGCACCUGGAAAAGGGGCGGGGCCACCUCCAGGGGGCGGGGCGGCGGCAGAAGGCGGCCCGGAAGAAGCGCCUGGCCCUCGCCGCCUGCGCCUCGGUCGCCAUCUUGGUCCUGGUCGCCAUUGUUGCCGCUUCAGUGGCGUCCGGGUAGCUCCGAGCCCUCCCAUUGGCUGCGGGAGCUGCCAAUCGACGCAAACCCCACCCUCCGCCGCCUCCGAUUGGCUGGGAGUGACAUCAAGGCGCCGGGAGGCGAAGCCCGACCCGCUCGGCGGUGAUUGGGCGGUGCGGGUGUCAGUCAAGCGUAGCGCGGGUUUUAUUGGUUGGUGGUGAUGUAAUGGUGGUGGCGGGGAGGACUCGGCCCCGCGGCGGUUUCUAUUGGCUGGUGGUGACGUCACCGGCGAGGAAAGCACUUUUUAGCCCAAAAAUGGCCCAAAAAAGGCAAAAAAGGCCAAAAAACCCCAAAAAAAUAAUAAAAAAAAA